AUGGCUACGCAGCAACCAACCUCCCGCGCUCUACAUGCUUCCCCCGAAAUUUAUGAUACAGCACGAAUUAAUGCGGACAUAACUCAGCUUCUUCAGAGGUUUGAGAACAUUAUGGCCGCAGCAACAGUAGACAAUCCUAGCCGCACAUCCUCCGCCAUUGAAUCGUAUCAGUUGGACGUCGAAUCAACAGCUCUUAUCCGUGCUGCCGAAGAUAUACUAUCGCUUACUCGCACUUUGAAGGAGACAUGGCUAUUUGGGAAGCUGGACACCCUUGGCGAAGAUGAGAGGGACAUCCAGAGGCAAGCUCCUCCUUACAACCUCGAAAUGACCAACGAACCCGAGAACGCAAACAUGCCCGCCAAACUCCCACCCCUCACCCUCGUCGUCGCGACCACCCCGAUAACGACAGCUGCAAACCCGGGAGUCCGUAAACUCGGAAUUGGUAAAGGUGGUACAUUGCCAUGGCCCAAAAUAAAGACAGACAUGAGCUUUUUUGCGCGUGUAACGACGCGUCCUCCCCCUGUCGCCGCAUCGUCAGCAACGCCUACACCGGCCAUCAACGCCGUAAUAAUGGGAAGAAAGACGUAUGACUCGAUACCUGCAAGAUUCCGACCGCUAUCUAAGAGGCUUAAUGUCAUUAUAACGCGUGAUGAGUCCGGAUCCGUCAAGGAACGGGCAAUCGCAGAUUGGAACGCGUCGAAGCAGCGAGAAUUAGAGAAAGAAGCAAAAGAAAAUAACCAAGAGAGCAGCAAGUCAACAUCUAUAGGGGAGCCGGAGAUUAUAGUUUCCAACAGUUUGGAAGCUGCACUUUCUACUUUACAGAAGGACUUUGGUUCAAGCUCGUCGUCGGGCGUGGAAGCCGGAAAGAAACCACUGGGGAAUAUAUACAUUAUGGGAGGAAGUGAGAUAUAUAUGUCUAGCUUACGGCUGACUCCAAGCGUCCUUGGGGAGAACAACCCGUUGAGAAUUGUGAUGACCGAUGUUCGACGUCGGGGGGAGUCUGACUCAAAAUCUGAUGUCGAGAACUUGGUUGACGGAUUCGAGUGUGAUACUUCUUUCCCCGUCGAUCAAAAGGGCAUGGAAGAAGGAUGGAAGAAAAUUUCCUCGAAGGAACUUGGGGAAUGGGUUGGAGAGGAAGUAUCGCCAGAUUGGACUUGGGAGGGAGACGUUGCGGUGAAGAUGUCUGGAUAUGAGAGGCUAUAA